GUUAAUUUUAGAUGUUUAUGUUGACGGAACAUGUCGAAAUUGGAUGGAAAAGGGACCGUGCUAACGUAUGUUGGCUUUUGUUAUAUAAGCAAAGAUAUAUAUAUUGUACACACACCGCUGAUGAAACAAGAAGCUGGGAAGGAAUUGAUUACAGCCUGUAAGGGAAACAGGCACAUCUAUGGAAGGAAUUGAUAAUGGAUUACUGUAAGAAACAAAAAAUCUAUGUAAUAAGACUUGAAGAGGACUUUCCAUUGUUUAGUAAUCCUGCAAUAGAGAGAUCUCUUAGUCAUGAAGCAAGGGAAUCAGUUCUAUCGGCUUUGGUUUUAGAUGGCCGUGCAGAAUGGAUAGAUAAAGGCCACAGGAAAUGCCUUAUCCUUUGGCAUAGAAUUCAAGAUUGGGCCGACUUAAUAUUGCACUUAGUCGAUAAUGGUUUGGAGGACCGUGUGAUGGCAGUUGAAUCCAGGGGAACAGAGCUUCACGGGUUGGGCCGAAAAGUUCUUAUGCAAGCAUUGAAGCUGCUAGAGAACACGGGAAGGCCCAAAAGGGCAUAUUCGUACUUUUAUAAAACAUUACAUCAAAAAUCAUUUUUUU